AGAGGCUGCUCUGCUGCAAUGUCACCGGCGGCGUCACCGCCACUGCAGGCUGCCGGCACCUGCCACUGCCGCAGGAGACGGAGCCGAGAGAGACCCCACGGUUUACGGGCACUGUGUGAGGCGAGGACGCGGCCGGCCAUAUGGGCAGCACCAUGGAGCCCCCCGGGGGCGGCUACCUGCACCUGGGUGCCGUGACAUCUCCCGUGGGCACAGCCCGUGUGCUGCAGCUGGUCUUUGGCUGCACCACCUUCAGCCUGGUGGCCCACAGGGGUGGCUUCUCGGGCGUUCAGGGCACCUUCUGCGUGGCGGCCUGGGGUUUCUGCUUUGCGCUCUCCCUCCUGGUGGUGGCCUGCGAGUUCACCCGGCUACACGGCUGUCUGCGCCUGUCCUGGGGAAACUUCACAGCGGCCUUCGCCAUGUUCGCCACGCUGCUGUCCGCUACAGCGGCGGUCAUCUACCCACUGUACUUCACCCGGCUGGAGUGUCCGCCUGAGCCCGAGGGCUGCACGGCCAGGAACUUCCGCCUGGCAGCCAGCGUCUUCGCCGGGCUCCUCUUCUUGGCCUACGCUACGGAGGUGGCCCUGACCCGGGCCCGGCCAGGCCAGGUGGCCAGCUACAUGGCCACAGUGUCAGGCCUCCUCAAGAUCGUCCAGGCCUUCGUGGCCUGCAUCAUAUUUGGGGCGCUGGUCCAUGACAGCCGCUAUGGGCGCUACGUGGCUACCCAAUGGUGUGUGGCCGUCUACAGCCUUUGCUUCCUGGCCACAGUGGUGGUGGUGAUCCUGAGUGUGCUGGGUCACACGGGGGGCCUGGGCUGCCCCUUCGACCGUGUGGUUGUGGUAUACACCUUCCUGGCCGUGCUCCUCUACCUCAGCGCUGCAGUGAUCUGGCCCGUCUUCUGCUUCGACCCCAAGUACGGUGAGCCUGGGCGGCCCCCCGACUGCCCGAGGGGCAGCUGCCCCUGGGACAGCCAGCUGGUGGUGGCCACCUUCACUUACGUCAACCUGCUCCUCUACAUCGCCGACCUGGCCUACUCCCAGAGGAUCCGCUUCGUGCCCACCUUCUAGCAUAACAGGUGGCAGUAGCCCACCCAUCUCUGCUCUCCAGGGGCUCAGGCAUCAUGAGAGGACCCAGGUGAACCCAGACCCAUGAGGACGAAUUGGAGGGAGGCGGCCAAGAGAGUCAUGCCUGGGCUUCUGGCAGUGCUCAGCGGUGCAGCUCAGGGAGGCACAGAGAGGGGACAGAGGGGCAGGAAGCCAUGAACAGGUCACGGGGGAGGAGUCUCACCAGGCAACUCCCACUCUAUCUCUCUGUCUCUCUCUCGUUCUCUCUCUCUCUUUCCAUCUCUCUCCAUUUCCUGGCACACCCUCCCUCAGUGCUGGCCCCUGUAACACAUGAGAAGCCUUUGAAGCAGGCACUCUUGUGACCCACUAUGCGGAUGGGGACCUUGAGACCAGGAUUACAAAGUUAACCCAAAAGCAGUGUCUGGAGACCACAUCUAGGUUGAGUCACCUAAGUAGAGUUGAAAAGCGACAAUUCCCAGAGGUGUGGGAAGGGGUCAGAAGGGAACCCAGGAGAGGGCCAGAACCAGGUCAGCGGAGGAGCGUGGGAAGCCAGUGCUUCCUCUGGCCUUGGAGGGGGCAGUUUCUGGAACCCUGGAAAGAUCCAGGCAGAUACCCUCCUGCUGGGGUAUCUGUGCCCGAAUGAGGAGAGGAGCCAGGAACUAGGACCCCGCCUUGCCCACCUCUGGUGGCCACAGCCUCGGAAGCCGAGCAAGGACUCUAGAGUGGUCGCAUAGGGCAGCCUCAGCAAGCUAGAGAACGCAGGCUUGGAGGGGCCCAUAGCAGCCAGCAACACUGCUAAGGGCACAGCACACUAGGAAGACACUGGGUUCUCACCCACCAGGGAGCCACCGCUGAGCCCCCAGCAUCUACCCCGAUGUAGCAGCUCCUGCCGUACCUGCCAAGGACCCGGGGGGGCUGGCCUGGGGCAGCCCUGAUCCAGAGGAGGACCAGCUUGGGGCAGCCACUGAGACACGAACCUGUGUACCAGGCACCCCCUGGUGCUCACAGACCAACGACCUCCACUCAAGAGUUCCUUUGCCUGGUAGCUGACCACAAGGGCCUGCUGGGGCCACUGCUCUCCACACUCCAGCCAGCUUCUCCCACUCAAGGGCCCAGAUUGGGCCAGCUUGGAGCAGACCACUAGCUGCCCAAGCACAGUAGCCGCUCAGCCCAUAGCCUGGCCCAGGGCCUUGAGCAGGAAAUAAACACCAACGCUGAUUUGCACUGAGUAGUUUCUGCUAAGGGGGUGGUGGCCACCUGCACCUCUUGGGCCAUCUGCCACAAUGUUCCCAGAGAAGAGCCUAGACUAGACCUGGCUGAGUAAGGAGGCAGCCGUGGCGGGGGAGGGGGGUGCUGGUAUACUGGGUGUGUGGGGGGGCAGCCUCCCCAGGAAGUAGUGGGUGACAGCAAGGGGAAGAUGGGGGUGGGGAGUUAGCACCCCCACCACCACUGCGGUUCCCAGGGGUCCUGGGCAUGGCAGUGGGCAGAGGGGCCACUACACUCGUGGUAGCAGAGCCCAAGCAGCUUUUAGGCACAGGGUCCGAGGGCUCCCUGUGCUGGCACCAUGCACAGUAAGAGAGACAUGGCCUGUCUGCCCACUGGGGAGGGCACACGCACAGGGGUCCUUCACCUGCAGAGGCCCGAGUUCAGCAGCAGAUCCAGGAGGGGGCAGGAGCCCCUGUGUCCCGAGGUGUCCUGACAGCUCUGCUGACUAAGGAGGGUGGGGGUUGGAAGCAUGUUACUAGGUGACAAAGGCGCCUACGGGCCACACCCUUCUCAGCCCACAGGGAGGCCUUAACAGUUUUCCUUCCUUUUCUAAUCCAGUUUCUGAAAUGAGUUUUCUGUCACACGUCCCCAGUUUGUUCACUGCCCUGUGAUCUUCUGCCCCCAAAGGUCCAUCCACUCUAAAUUUCAAAGGUCCUGAGCGGAGAGACAGAGGGGGAGGAGAGGGGUUCCAGGGCUCAAGAUAAGCGUAGCAGAUGUCCUCUGUCUCCCAGGAGGCUGCACUGGGAAAUGUCCUCAUGAUAUUCACUCCUUGGAUCAGAGGACUCUUUCUUUUUGGAGAAAGGAGUUAUUUGUUGUUGUCACGCGAAAAACAAUACUUUUUAAAGGAUGGA